AUGUCAAAGCUAAUCGAGGUGCUUCUGGGGAAUCUGUGGACGCAGUGCUUCACCUUUGCCCGCAUGGGCUUGGACUUGCAGCCCCACAACAAAGGCAAAAAGGGCAAAGUGCUGCGAUCCCCGCUGCUUUAUGGCAUUAUGUUUCUGGCCACCGGCUUUGAACUCUGCACCGUGUGCGCUUUUAUGGUCCAGCAUCGCAACCAAAUCGUGCUCUGCUCCGAGGCCUUGAUGCACGGCCUGCAGAUGAUCUCCUCGCUGCUCAAGAUGGCCAUAUUCUUGGCCAAGUCCCACGACCUGGUGGCCCUCAUUCAACUGAUUCAGGCGCCUUUUGCCGACGAGGAUAUUGGCGUUGCGGAGUGGCGAUCCCAGAACCGGAGGGGCCAAUUGAUGGCUGCCAUUUACUUUAUGAUGUGCGCCGGCACAAGUGUCUCCUUUCUGCUGGUGCCGGUGGCUCUGACCAUGCUGAAGUACCAUUCCACGGGCGAGUUCGCUCCAGUCAGCUCGUUUCGGGUGAUUCUCCCCUACGACGUAACCCAGCCGCACAUCUACGCAAUGGACUGCUGCCUGAUGGUGUUCGUGCUGACCUUCUUCUGCUGCUCCACCACCGGAGUGGACACCCUAUACGGGUGGUGUGCCCUGGGCCUGAGUUCCCAGUACCGCCGCCUCGGCAAGCAGCUAAUGCGGAUUCAGGAGCACUCCGAACCGUCUCGCUAUGACCUGGGCUUGAGUGGGCUUUUCGCGGAGCACGCUCGGCUGCUAAGGCUCGUCCGCCAUUUCAAUGCCAGCUUUACGGAGAUCGCCUUCGUCGAGGUUCUGGUCAUCUGCGUGCUCUACUGCUCCGUAAUUUGCCAGUACAUAAUGCCGCAUACCGACCAGAACUUCGCCUUUCUCGGCUUCUUCUCGAUGGUGGUCACCACCCAGUUGUGCAUCUACCUUUUCGGCGCCGAGCAGGUGCGCUUGGAGGCCGAGGGAUUUUCGAGGGAGCUCUACGAGGUGAUUCCCUGGCAGAAGCUGUCCCCGCAACACCGGAGGCUCCUGCUUUUCCCCCUUCAACGGGCCCAACGCGAGACUGUCCUGGGUGCCUAUUUUUGGGAGCUGGGAAGACCUCUCCUCGUCUGGAUAUUUCGCACAGCGGGCUCUUUUACAACCUUGUUGAACGCGCUGUAUGCAAAGUACGAGACGUCGUAG